AUGAGCUCGUGGAUUCUGAGCAAUCGAGACGAAGAUCCCGAGGAGCAGCGGAUGUCAGGACCGAUUUUAACAAAAGAAGAGCUUGAAAUUGCUGAGCUUGGUUACGAUUGUUUUCUUUUGAUCGUUUCUGUGCAAUUUAUCGAUGUGAACAUUGUACCAGAGCUGACAGAGUCCUCCUCUCUCUGUGCCUUGCUCUUACCACCCGGUGCAGUUAUCCAUGCUUAUAGCGGCUCAAGGGUCGUAUUAAUUGCUCCUGUUGAUUCGCGAGAAGACAACGAUGAGGUUGGAGCUGCAACGGUUUUAGCUGUUCAAUAG